AGGUGGAAGCGACUCUCCCUCGACCCGCCCCGCCACACUGGCAGUCUGGGAGGGCCCCGGCCCCUCCCGCGGCCCCGCCCCUUCACCUGUGCAGGCCGCACACCUGGAGCCGCCUCCGGAAGAGGGGACGGGAGGCCUCGGAGGGAGCCCGGCGGCUUCGGAUGCAGCAGGUGACAUGAGCUUUCCAGAUGGGCCCAGCUUCUCAUCGUCGGGGCUGCUUUCUGGGGGUACCUCUCCCAGCGGCGACGAGGGCUUCUUCCCCUUUGUGCUGGAGCGGCGGGAGUCAUUCCUGGGAGGGGGCCCAGGGCCUGAGGAGCCAGAGGACCUGGCCCUGCAGCUGCAGCAGAAGGAGAAAGACCUGCUGUUGGCCGCAGAGCUCGGCAAGAUGCUUCUGGAGCGAAAUGAGGAGCUGCGGCGGCAGCUGGAGACACUGAGCACCCAGCACUCGGAGCGUGAGGAACGGCUCCAGCAAGAGAACCAUGAGCUCCGUCGAGGGCUGGCAGCCCAGGGAGCUGAGUGGGAGGCCAGGGCCGUGGAGCUGGAGGGAGACGUGGAGGCCCUGCGGGCACAGCUGGGGGAGCAGCGCUCAGAACAGCAGGACAGUGGGCGAGAACGGGCGAGGGCCCUCGGUGAGCUCAGCGAGCAGAACCUCCGCCUCAGCCAGCAGCUGGCCCAGGCCUCCCAGACUGAGCAGGAGCUUCAGAGGGAACUGGACACCCUUCGGGGACAGUGCCAGGCUCAGGCACUGGCUGGGGCAGAGCUGAGGACGCGGCUGGAGAGUCUGCAAGGGGAGAACCAGAUGCUGCAGAGCCGCCGGCAGGACCUGGAGGCCCAGAUCCGAGGCCUGCGUGAGGAGGUGGAGAAGGGCCAGGGCCGCCUGCAGACCACCCACGAGGAGUUGUUGCUGCUGAAGCGGGAGCGGCGGGAGCACAGCUUGGAGCUGGAACGCGCACGCUCCGAGGCCGGGGAGGCGCUGAGCGCGCUGCGGAGGCUGCAGCGGAGAGUCUCGGAGCUGGAGGAGGAGUCACGACUCCAAGACGCCGACCUGUCGAGCGCCUCGCUGCAGUCGGAGCUGGCACACAGCCUCGACGAGGACGGCCAGGGCCAGGGCGCUGACGCACGCGGAGACGCCCCGACCACCCGGUCCCCAAAGACCCUAGAGGCGUCCAGGCCCCAGCCUUCACCCCCAGAGGAGAGCUUAGAGCCCCCCAAGAAGCGAGCAUCCCUCAGCCCAGCGGAGAUACUAGAGGAGCAGGAGGCGGAAGUGGCCAAGCUGCAAGAUGAGAUCGCGCUGCAGCAGGCAGAGCUGCAGGCCCUGCGGGAAGAGCAGCAGAGGCAGAAGGAGCUGCGGGCGCAUGACGACCCUGGGGAAGCCCUGAACAGGGCCCUCUCAGACCGGGACGAGGCCGUGAACAAGGCCCUGGAGCUGUCCCUGGAGCUCAAACGUGUCUCUCUGGAGCGAGACUCCCUGUCCCGGGAGCUGCUGCGCGCCAUCAGCCAGAAGGUGGCGCUCACGCAGGAGCUGGAGGCCUGGCAGGACGACAUGCAGGUGGUGAUCGGGCAACAGCUGCGCUCACAGCGCCAGAAGGAGCUGAGCGCCGCCGCGUCGUCGUCGACCCCGCGCCGCGCCGCGCCCCGCUUCUCGCUGCGCCUGGGCCCGGGGCCCGCCGGCGGCUUUCUCAGCAACCUCUUCCGAAGGACCUGACGGCGGGGCCCGGGGGGCUGCCCUUGCCCACUUGGGGGCCCACUUUCCUCUUCUGGCCAAUGGAGCGACAGGACAAGGAUUGUCUUCCAAGAGGAGCUAAUGCCCUCCCCGCCCCAGGAGGAUGGGCAAGAGCUCAUCGGGAGCGGAGCCAGCUUUGUGGGGCAGGAGCUCCAGGUGGGUUGCAGGGGCAGGUGAACAGAGCUGUCGAUUUUCCGAAUCAAUAUAGGUCUGUCUUUUCCAGG